AUGAGGAAGAGGGCCAGAGAAGAGAUUACCACAGUUCCAACCCUGUAUCAGGAAGCAGUUGCCCAAGAAGAUCCUGACGUGGUUCCUCACCUAUCAUCAUAUGCAAGCUUUAGCAGUGCCCUCUACCGACAUAGGAGACACACCAUACCAGCACUCCCCCAGACAAGAGGUGAUGUGGAACUUGAUGGGAAGUGGACAGAGACAGCUGAUGGCCAACCUUACCUGUUGUUUGCAGAUGGUGAAUACGACGAAAAGAUGCUAGUCUUUUCCUCUAUGGAUCAGCUGACUGUUUUGCAGUCAGCAGAUAACCUGUACAUGGAUAGUACAUUUUCAUCAUGUCCAUCCCUGUGGAAUCAGGUUUAUAUAAUUCAUGCCAGAAGAGGUUCGAAGACAUACCCCUUGGUGUUUGCCCUUCUUCCUGAUCGCCAGAGAACAACCUACUGCCGGCGUUUCCACAGGCUGACGGAAGAAGUACAGCAGAAGCUCAACAGAAUCCUCGCUCCUGCCUCCGUUCAGAUCGACUUUGAGCAAGCUGCCAUUCGAGCUAUCGAGACUGAGUUUCCUGCAGCCAAAGUGAGAGGAUGCUACUCUCACUUCAGCCAAGCCAUCUGGAGGAAAGUACAAGACCUUGGGCUUGCUGUCCAGUACCAGGGGGACCCAGACGUCAGACUCUGGGUCAGAAGAGCAUCAUCCCUGGCACUGUUACCAGAAGGUGAUGUGCAAGAUGCCUGGGUCGACGCCAUGGACACUACGCCAGAAGUAGACAACGCCCAGAGAUUUAAUGACUACAUUGUGACAACUUGGGUUGAUGAUGAUGCAAGAUUCCCCAUCCCUCAAUGGAAUCACCACCGCAACGUUGGGCCUCGAACAAAGAAUAAUCUUGAAGUCUUCCACUAUCGUAUGAACAAGACUCUGCCACACCAUCAUCCAAACAUCUAUCGCUGUGUUGAGCUGAUCAAGCAGAUUGAGAAGUCUGAAUCUGCCAAGAUGCGCCAAAUCGACUUCGGUGCUCCCUUCCAGGUAAGAAAGCGAGUGUAUCGUGAAAAAAGAAAACAGACUUGUCCGAUUGUGGGACCAACUUGA